CAAUUGUCAUUACAGAUGAUACUCCCACUGAUUUGGUUGGCCGUCCUGGUCGGCGUGGUGGCGCUGUACCUGCGCCGGGCCUACUCCAGCUUCAGCCGACAAGGCAUCAAGCACUUCAAGCCGGUCCCUGUGUUAGGCAAUUUGACGAAGAUGCUAAUGCGCACAGAACAUUUCUGUGACCAUAUUCUCAACCUCUACCGAAGCUUUCCUGAAGAACGGUUCGUUGGAAGAUACGAGUUCGUGAAGGAGAUCAUAUUCGUUCGUGACCUCGAUCUGAUCAAGAAGAUGACAGUGAAAGACUUCGAGCACUUCCUCGACCAUCAGUCCAUAUUGAGCACCAGCGACUCCUACUUCUCCAGGAACCUCUUCUCUUUGCAAGGUCAAGAAUGGAAGGACAUGCGCUCCACGCUGAGUCCAGCGUUCACAAGCUCCAAGAUGCGUUUGAUGUUGCCUUUCAUGGUGGAAGUCGGAGACCAGAUGAUGCAGAUGCUUCAUCGAGAAAUCAGAAAAUCCAAAAAUGGCUCUGUAACAGUGGAUUGUAAAGACCUGACUACCCGCUACGCUAACGAUGUGAUUGCGACCUGUGCCUUUGGUCUGAAGGUGGACUCCCAGACUGACAAGAACAACAGUUUCUACUUGCUAGGAAAGGAAUCUUCUGACUUCGGUUUCCGCAAAAUGAUGACCUUCUUGAUCGUUGCUAAUGCACCAGUUUUAGCCAAGCUGUUGAAGUUGGAUUUCCUCUCGGAGUCAUGCAAACAGGGAUUCAAGAAAAUUGUGCUGAAUACGAUGCAGACUCGAGAGAUGAAGAAUAUAAUCAGACCCGACAUGAUCCAUUUGUUAAUGGAAGCCAAGAAAGGUAAACUGACCCACGACGAUACUAAAUCAAAUGAUGUUGCUGCUGGAUUUGCUACUGUUGAAGAAUCGGCUGUUGGGAAGAAAACAAUUGAUAGAGUAUGGACUGAUGAAGAUCUCGUCGCACAAGCAGUUCUGUUCUUCAUUGCUGGAUUUGAAACUGUUUCAACGGCAAUGGUCUUCCUACUCUACGAGCUGGCUGUGAACCCUGAUGUACAGGAACGUUUGGCGCAGGAGAUCAAGGAUGUUGACGCCAAGAACGGCGGCAAGUUCGACUUCAACUCCAUACAGAACAUGGUGUACAUGGAUAUGGUGGUGUCCGAGGCUCUCCGUCUGUGGCCACCAGCAGUUACGCUAGACAGGAUAUGCACCAAGGACUACAACAUGGGCAAACCUAACCCGAAGGCAGAGAAAGAUUUUAUUCUCCGCAAAGGCACUGGAGUCUGGAUUCCCGCGUUCGCCUUCCACCGCGAUCCUGAAUACUUCCCCAACCCAGACAAGUUCGACCCGGAGCGCUUCUCAGAGGAAAAUAAACACUCCAUCAACCCGUUCGCGUACAUGCCCUUCGGUGUUGGACCUAGGAACUGCAUUGGGUCAAGAUUUGCGCUGUGUGAAAUCAAAGUUAUGGUAUACCAGAUACUUAAGGAGAUGGUGCUCUCCCCGUCAGAGACGACCUGCAUACCAGCCAAGUUAUCCAAAGACACAUUCAGCAUGAGGCUGCAAGGAGGACACUGGCUGAAGUUCUCCCCAAGGUUAGGACAAAGAACUAGUAAGAAGAAUCAGAUCACGAUGCUCGUCUUGGUCUGGUUGGCGAUCCUGGUCGCAGUGACCACAUUAUACUUCCGCAAGCUGUACUCCUCCUUCAGUCGCCAUGGCAUCAAGUACAUAAAGCCAGUCCCUAUCUUCGGUAACAUGGGCAGUGCCAUUUUACGCAGAGAACAUGUAAAUGAUCAGAUUAUAAAACUCUACAACAAAUACCCCGAGGAAAGGUUCGUUGGAAGAUAUGAUUUCAUGCAGGAAACAAUUGUAAUACGCGACAUUGAGCUGAUCAAGAAGAUAACUGUGAAAGACUUCGAGCAUUUCAUCGACCACCGCUUGGAGUUUGGCAACCCUGACUCCUAUAUUUCCAGGAACAUUGUUUCUUUAAAAGGUCAGGAAUGGAAGGACAUGCGCUCCUCGUUGAGUCCAGCGUUCACAAGCUCCAAGAUGCGUUUGAUGGUGCCUUUCAUGGUAGAAGUCGGAGAACAGAUGAUGCAGUCACUUCAUAGAUAUAUAAAAGAAUCUAAGAAUGGAUCCGUAGAAUUGGAUUGCAAAGACCUGACUUCACGCUACACUAACGAUGUGAUUGCCUCCUGUGCCUUUGGUCUGAAGGUGGACUCCCACAAUGACAAAAACAACAGCUUCUAUAAACUGGGAAAGGAGACCUCCACAUUCAAUUUCCGUCAGACAAUCUCCAUUUUCUUGCUUAGUAGCGCACCAAUCUUAGGAAAGAUCUUCAAGCUGGAUGUCAUUUCGGACUCGUCAAAGAACGCAUUCAGAUCUUUGGUCUUAGAUACAAUGCGAAACCGAGAGUUGAAGAAUAUUAUCAGACCCGACAUGAUACACUUGUUAAUGGAAGCCAAGAAAGGCAAACUAACGCAUGACGAUAUUAAAUGCAAUGAUGUGGCUACUGGAUUUGCUACUGUAACGGAAUCGGCUGUUGGCAAGAAAUCAGUCAAAAGAGACUGGAGUGACAGCGAUCUCAUUGCUCAAGCAGUGGUAUUCUUCGUUGCUGGAUUUGACACUGUCUCAACAGCAAUGUCGUUCCUCCUCUACGAGCUUGCUUUGAAUCCUGAUAUACAGGAGCGGCUGGCGCAGGAGAUCAAGGAAAACGACGCCAAGAACGGCGGCAAGUUCGACUUCAACUCCAUACAGAACAUGGUCUACAUGGAUAUGGUGGUGUCAGAAAUCCUUCGACUUUGGCCACCUGGAUUCGUUCUCGACAGAAUUUGCCACAAAGAUUACAACUUGGGUAAACCGAACCCUAAAGCGGAGAAAGAUUAUACCGUCCGGAAAGGUACUGGGGUCUGGAUACCAGUCUAUUGCAUCCACCGUGACCCAAAGUACUUCCCCAAUCCAGAGAAGUUCGACCCUGAGCGUUUCUCUGAAGCAAACAGGCACACCAUCGAUCCAAUGACGUAUAUGCCCUUCGGUAUUGGUCCAAGGAAUUGCAUUGGAUCAAGAUUUGCGCUCUGUGAAAUUAAGGUUAUAGCAUACCAGAUCCUCCGAGAAAUGGAAGUGUCCCCUUGUGAGAAGACCUGCAUACCAGCGAAGUUGUCCAAUGAAACUUUCUCGUUGACUAUGCGAGGAGAACAGUGGCUCACGUUCACGCCGAGGAAUUAUCGCCAUGGCGUCAAGCACAUAGAGCCAGUACCGAUCUUCGGCAAUAUGCACACGAUCAUUUUUCGCACGGAACAUAUAAAUGACGUUUUUACAAGUCUCUACGAUAAAUUUCCUGAGGAAAGGUUCGUUGGCAGAUAUGAAUUCAAUAAGGAGGUGAUAUUUGUACGUGACCUGGAGCUGAUAAAGAAGAUAGCUGUGAAAGAUUUCGAGCACUUCAUUGACCACCGCUUCAUUUUAGGCAACAGCGAGUCCUACUUCUCCAGGAAUUUGUUAUCUUUAAAAGGUCAGGAAUGGAAGGACAUGCGCUCCACGCUGAGUCCAGCGUUCACAAGCUCCAAGAUACGACUGAUGAUACCUUUCAUGGUGGAAGUCGGGGACCAGAUGAUGCGAUCGCUUCAUAAAGCUAUAAAGGAAUUUAAGACUGGUUCCAUAGACUUGGAUUGUAAAGACUUGACAACCCGCUACGCCAAUGAUGUGAUCGCCUCUUGUGCCUUUGGUCUGAAGGUGGACUCCCACAAUGAUAAGAAUAACAGUUUCUACGCACUGGGGAAAGAUACCUCUGUAUUGAAUUUCCGGAAGGUGCUCAAUUCUUUCAUACUUUCUGCACUACCAGCUGUUGGUGAGUUCUUUAAGUUGGACAUCAUCUCGGAGUCAUCAAAGAACGCAUUCAAGAGUCUGGUACUAGAAACGAUGGAAAACCGGGAGUUGAAGAAUAUUAUCAGACCCGACAUGAUACACUUGUUAAUGGAAGCCAAGAAAGGUAGGCUGACGCAUGAAGACAUUAAAUCUAAUGAUGAGGCUGCUGGAUUUGCUACUGUUACUGAAUCAGCUGUAGGCAAGAAAACAGUUAACAGAGAAUGGACUGAUGAGGACCUCGUGGCUCAAGCAGUGCUCUUCUUCAUUGCUGGAUUUGAAACUGUCUCAUCAGGAAUGUCUUUUCUUCUCCACGAGCUUGCCAUGAACCCUGAUGUUCAGGAGCGGCUGGCGCAGGAGAUCAAGGAAAACGACGCCAAGAACGGCGGCAAGUUCGACUUCAACUCCAUACAGAACAUGGUCUACAUGGAUAUGGUGGUGUCAGAACUCCUUCGAUUUUGGCCACCUUCACUUGCACUUGACAGAAUUUGCACAAAAGACUACAAUUUGGGUAAACCGAAUGCGAAGGCCGACAACGAUUAUAUUGUCCGCAAAGGCACUGGACUCUGGAUACCAGUUUACGCUAUCCACCGUGAUCCUAAUUACUACCCCAAUCCUAACAAGUUCGACCCUGAGCGGUUCUCAGAAGAAAACAGACACACCAUCAAUCCGCUCGCGUACAUGCCCUUCGGUGUUGGACCUCGGAAUUGCAUUGAUUCUCCGAGAAUUGGAAAUCUCUCCUUGCGAGAAGACCUGUAUUCCAUCGAGGUUUUGCAAAAAGAGUUUCCAACCACGGCUGCAUGGAGGACACUGGCUGAGGUUCAGAGCGAGGACUUAGGAGAGGAGAAUGAUGACCAUGACAAAACUGUGGAAAUUGCUAUUACACUUAGGAUUACAUGUUAUAUUUUAACCCGUGAUAUCGCAGAACUAUGCGAGACACAAUGUAUUAUAUCUAUUGUAUCUCAUAUACCGGCAGACCAGAGGUUAUUCUUUAAAAUCCCUCCUCCCACUCUCAGACGUAGUUUCGUGGUCUUACAAGCAACACGUUUGUUAUUAACUCGGUUCCAACAGAAUUUUGACGAUAGAAUCAUGAUCAUCCUCCUAAUUUGGCUGGGGGUCCUCGUCGCCGUGAUAACGCUGUACUUCCGAAGACUGUACUCCUCGUUCAGCCGCCAUGGCGUCAAGCACAUCAGACCAGUUCCGCUCCUCGGCAACAUGGCCAAGGUCGUUUUACGUGCAGAACACACUAGCGACGAACUCACAAAGGUCUACAACGAGUUCCCUGAAGAAAGGUUCGUCGGAAGAUAUGAAUUCACCAAGGAACUAAUAGUAGUCCGUGACCUUGAACUGGUGAAGAAGAUAACUGUGAAAGACUUCGAGCACUUCCUCGACCACCGCCCGUUGUUAGGCAACGGCAAUUCGUACUUCUCCAGGAAUCUAUUUUCUUUAACAGGUCAGGAAUGGAAGGACAUGCGCUCCACACUGAGUCCAGCGUUCACAAGCUCCAAGAUGCGGCUGAUGGUGCCUUUCAUGGUAGAGGUCGGAGACCAGAUGAUGCGGUCGCUUCAUAGAAUUAUAAAGGAAUCUAAAAAUGGCUCCGUGGAUUUGGAUUGCAAAGACCUGACUGCUCGCUACGCCAACGAUGUGAUUGCCUCCUGUGCCUUUGGUCUGAAGGUGGACUCCCACAAUGACAAAAACAACAGUUUCUACGCUCUGGGGAAGGAGACUUCUACAUUAAACUUUGCUAAGAUAAUAAAGUCUUUCCUCUUCGCUAACUUGCCAGAAGUAGCUAAGAUAUUAAAAUUGGAUUUUCUUACGGAGUCAUCAAAGAACGCAUUCAAGAGUCUGGUACUAGAAACAAUGGAAAACCGAGAGUUGAAGAAUAUUAUUAGACACGACAUGAUACACUUAUUAAUAGAAGCCAAGAAAGGCAAAUUGACGCAUGAAGAUAUCAAACCCAACGAUCGAGCUGUUGGUUUUGCUACUGUUAGCGAAUCAGCUGUGGGGACGAAAAAAGUUAAUAGAGUGUGGACUGAUGAGGAUCUCGUGGCUCAAGCAGUGGUGUUCUUCAUUGCCGGAUUCGAGGCUGUAUCAUCAGGCAUGUCGUUCCUACUUCACGAGCUUGCUAUGAACCCUGAUGUUCAGGAGCGGUUGGCGCAGGAGAUCAAGGAAAAUGACGCCAAGAACGGCGGCAAGUUCGAUUUCAACUCCAUACAGAACAUGGUCUACAUGGACAUGGUGGUGUCAGAGGUCCUCCGACUUUGGCCAACAGCUGGAGCUCUAGACAGAAUUUGCACUAAAGACUAUAAUAUGGGCAAACCGAACCCAAAAGCGGAGAAAGAUUACAUUAUCCGCAAAGGAACUGGAGUCUGGAUACCAGUAUUCACCAUUCACCGCGAUCCUCAGUACUACCCCAAUCCUAACAAGUUCGACCCUGAGCGGUUCUCAGAAGAAAACAGACACACCAUCAAUCCGCUCGCGUACAUGCCCUUCGGUGCUGGACCUAGAAAUUGCAUUGGAUCAAGAUUUGCACUCUGUGAGAUUAAAGUGAUAACAUACCAGAUCCUCCGAGAAAUGGAAGUAUCCCCUUGUGAGAAGACCUGCAUACCAGCGAAGUUGUCAAGUGAAACGUUUAACUUAAGCCUGCGCGGAGGACACUGGCUCAAGUUCAGAGCGAGGACUUAGAAGACCAUGACAGAACUGUGAAAUGUGUGACUUAUUGUUUUAUACUGUAAAUACCAUUACCGAAGCUGUAAAUAAAACAUAGUUACAUA